UGUGAAGUAAAACCAGUGCCCAACUCUGGGGUCAGAAAUUAUGAUCCUGUCUAUGGAUGAAGCAACUCGUCGCAAAGGCGUCUCCCCUGAUGAAGAGAUAGAUAUCGUCAGGGGAGAUUUAACUGGGAAUAGAACAGAUUUUUUCCCAUCUUGUCGGGACGCCAUGUCGGCUGAGUCCGGCGCGGAGGCAGACAGCUCCGAAGUUGACUCUUCUGGUGAGAGCGAGAGUAGUUUUUGCGAAAAGGCCCCUACACCACAUCGGCAACAAAACGGUUCCGUCAAGCCUCCGUAUUCUUACAUUGCCCUCAUCACCAUGGCAAUCCUUCAGAGCCCUAUGAAGAAACUCACCCUGAGUGGCAUUUGUGACUUUAUCAGCAACAAGUUCCCUUAUUAUAAGGAAAAAUUUCCGGCUUGGCAGAACUCAAUCAGACAUAACUUAUCACUCAACGACUGUUUCAUCAAGAUUCCAAGAGAACCAGGCAAUCCAGGUAAAGGAAACUACUGGUCGCUUGACCCUGCCUCCGAAGACAUGUUUGACAACGGCAGUUUUCUGCGCAGAAGAAAGAGAUUUAAAAGGAACCAACCGGAAUAUUCCAAAGAUGGACUCUUGCUUUACCCAAAUAUUAGUUACCGAUCUUACGGGAGACCUUACUGCGUGUCUGGACAAAUGGUGACGCAGGCUACGCACCUUGGAUACAUGCCCGUCCAAGACGCCGUCGUCGUGCCAUCACCGUAUUUUCAGCUUCAGAGUGUAGCUAAGGUCCCCGAAGGCCAAGGAUUUCGUCACCAGACGCGCCUCAGCCUUCCCGAGCAAAGGCCAGACCGUGAGACGCAAAAGUUUGCUUUUAGUAUUGACAGUAUCAUGGCAAAAUCGACCAUUUCCGUAAACAAAAACUCUGUCCAUCAACUGCCAGUCGAAUACGGUCGCCUCUUUCCACCACUACCAUCUUGUGUGGUUCCAAAUUUCCUACCAGUGGCAAGGUCUCCUUUUGCUUUGACCACAGUGCCAUUUUCAGAAAGCUUACAAAUAGCCUAUCCGAACUGUUGA